CCCACGGGCUAUUCUUGCUUGCAUGGGGUUUGGAAGCUUGACGUGACAGGGCCAAGCCUUUGGUCGGGCGUCGGGUCGGCCAAGUGUGUGUGUGUGAGUGAGUGAGUGACUGAGUGCCAUCUAUCAUCGAUCAUCUCUUCCUCUUCCUCUUCCUCCUCCCAACCCACCACCCCCCCUCCCUCGCUCGCAUAGCACACGACACACCGGAUCCGUCCCACAGAGCAGGGCUCCCGAUCUUCCAGUCUGGCUCGUCCUGUGCAGCAGUCGAGUCGACCUGGGCAGACCGCAGCCUCAUCGCACCGCCGCCUAUGGUAGCUGCGAAAGGGAAGAGGCAAUCGGCGAACCAGCACGACAAGCGACACGAGAAUGGCGUCGUGGCUCCCGGCAGGCGCAUCACAAAGCAGAAGAGCAACACGCAGCUCAACGGCCACGCCCAAGGCAACCAUGGCAAGGUGCAGCCCUCAACGCUGCUGCCGCCGCUGCAACAACCUCCGCCGCUCAACCCUCUUGUAACCCACGCCCUCGCCGCCCACACCACGACGGUACUGGCAGACGCGCCCGCACGCUCCAGCCUCGACGAGCCCGCUGCCGCCAUGGACCGCACUCGUGCCCGCGCUGCCUCGGACCUCUCGCUCGACAACCUCGACGCCUGCCGCGCCUACGACAGCCCCUUCGACCCGGUGCCCGCCUCACCAGCGCCCCGCCGUCUCGACGCCAAUGGCUCCAAGACGACGUCCUUCUCCAUGGCCACCAUCUUCGCCGUGCCCGCCACCAUUCUCACCUCCUGUCCUCUGCGCGACGUCCUCGCCAUCCUCAUCAUCCUCCUCCAACUGCCCCCCACCGUCCUCACCGUCAUUCAGUUCCUCUUCGCAACCCUCACUUUUGUGCCUCCCCAGGCCGGAACUCCCCUCUCCGCACUCUCCGCCUUUCCAUCCUUCACCGACAUCUUCCAGGGCUCUGGCGGGACCCCUUCGCUCUUCACCACCAUUUUUGCCGACGCAUUCAUACUAGUCAUCUGGCUCGUCUUGUGGGUGCCUGUGCAGAACUUUUUUCUCGACCUCGCCCAGGCCGUCAUUGCCAUUGCGCUCGGCGGUGCUGCGGCCGGAAAGAAUGGCACAACCAACAGCAUCUUCAUCUGUUUCUUCAUCAUUCUCACCAACCAUCUCUUCAGAUUCAGGCCUCUCCGGCAACACAUUGUCCACUUCCUGUGGACGGGGCUCGCUCGGGGGGGCCUUGAAUUUCUGACGAGCCCACCGAGUACGCCGACCUACUUGGAAAGCUUCUCGACACCCCAUGGCUGGCUUCGCAGCCUCCUGGGGAUCCACAUUCUAGCCCAAGGUGUCGUUCGCAUAAUCCGGCGCUCUCUUUCUCGACGGGACGUGGCUUCCUCGCUACCGACUGGCAAGAAGGCGGACCCUGAAGCUGGCGUGCUUCAACGUGCCAACUCGACUACUCUCGAUCCCAAUGCCGAUGUCCCCAAUGCCUCGAGUACCGACGGCCGCCCGCCCGGGCCGUCACCCGCACCACAUUCGCAAAAGGAUAAAGCGAGUAGCUCUAGGAGGAAGAGGAAGCAAGCUACUCAUGUUCGCAGUCAGCAGCCCUUUUGGGCUGCACUUGCCAGUACAAAAGUUACAGUUUUAAAAGAAAUGGAAAGCAGCCGGGCAGCAAACGAUGCCGACGAGGCCAACGCAAAAGACGCAAAUCACAUUGGAAACGCUGUUUGGAGAUCGGAAGACGAUCGUGUUUGGAUUUCAGAAGUCGGCUAUUCCGACAUUUCAUUUCGUGUCAGUUUAUUUAGCGGGGUCGUUUUUCAAGAGCAGGAGGAUGAGGAUGCAAGCGUGGCAUCUGGCAUUGACAGGUCGAAGCCUUUCUACAUUCGCGUAAACGGAGCAGAUUGGAGUUCGACCCGCAUUCGGCAGAGCACUCCGCUAGGAUACCAGGGUCAAGAGGGAACCGGUUUUUGGGUAGGGGAAAUCUUUGGUCUGACGGCUCUCUCCAACUACUAUUGCGAGUUUGUCCGGACCAUGGACAACCAAGUUUUCUACUCCGCAAGCCUUAUUACCUCGGCCAGCCCCGUAACCGAACUAGCUUCCGUUGCCUCUCCGCCAGCACAUCAAACUCUGCGACCUUCUUCGCCAACGACAACACUAAAGAACUCGAUUGCCGCGGCCGACCAACAACUACAGGAGCUGCGUAAUCGCUUGAAGCGCAAUAAGAAGGAUCACAAGACAGCCGUCGGCAACAUCAAGAAAGAGGUCGACACUCUCAGCAACCGCCUUGCCAAUGCCGGAGGUACUGAUGACCGUCAACGCCAGCGCGUCCUACAGUUCACGCAAAACAUCCGCCAAGCUGAUGACGCUGCAGCCGAGUUUGCCCUUCAAGAUGAUCAUCUAGGGGGCAUCCCCGAGAACGAGGCUCAAGAGGCUGCCGUCAAGAAAGCGGAGUGGAAGAGGGAGCGAAACAACAAAAACGCCGUGUCUAGCGAAUUCGACAACAUCAAGGCCGAGAUUGAGCGCCAGGUCCAAAGUGUCGAAUCUGACAUCACCGCUGCACUUCAGAAAAGGGAACGCCUCCAGCAACGUCAAACCAGGCUCAACGAACAGCACGAUCGUCUCGUUACUGCCAACCAGGAAGGCUUCACUGCCAAGCAAAGAAGAGAGCAGGAACGUACAGCUUUGAGACAACAGCGCGCCGAUGUCGAGAAUCAGUACCGUAGCAAUAUCAACGGAUAUGAACGCCGCAGCGAGGAGCACAAUAUCGCCACUACCCAAAUCAUGCAGACAAUCCAACACUACGAGGACAUGCUUCUACAGCAGCAUCAACAAGUCUCCGUUCCUACUACACCUGAAGGGCCCCUUCCUGGCACAGGCAUGUCUCCACACGCCAACGCCUUCACCAGCUUCACGUUUCCAUCGCUCAACUCUCACGUUGAUAGCACUCCUGGCUCUCUCCGCGGCGGCGCCCGCGGUCGCUCAUCGUCGAUGCAUUCCAACGUUUCCGGCUUCACAGACGGCUUCGAAGAACACACCUCUCCAUCCGGCUACGUUCUGGGCAACCCUUUCAACACUCCGGGGAUGCUCAACGGACACAAUGGAAGUCAUGGUAGUGGCAGCUUAAGCUCGGGUACGUCGAGCCAGAGCUCCAGCCAAAAAGAUCCCUUGAGUCCCUAUCAAAGCGUCAAGCCGAUGAUGGUCAGGAGUCCGACGGGUGGCAGUGGCGGCUUGAUGAGUCCAAUUGGCAGCGGCAGGUAAAUCAUAUGCGGUUUGUUCUUUUGUGGCCUUUAGAUAGCUUUUCCAAUGUGAUUUUGCGUUCUUUCGGUGGACUAAACAUCGUUACAAUGCUCUUCUUCUACUUGCAUGGUGCAGUCGCUGUCAACAUAGACGUUUCCUGGCGUAAGGUAAGUCUUCUCCACCUUUUAACCAAUGCCUAUCAGAUUCUGUGCCCGGCGUCGCCGUCGAUUUCGUCUUUGAUAUCCUCCAGCGUUGGACUCCAUGUGCCUUGCACAUUGUGUGAGC